UGGGCUAUGGCGGAGGAAGAACCCGAGAGACCCACGGGCUCGGGUUGCGGCCGGGGCCAGGGCUUGCGCUUGGUCGGUCGGCGACCUCACACGUGGGAGAUCUCCGACUCAGACACCGAAGGUACCGCCGCUAGGGUGGUCGGCCCGCAAGCUCCCAGCACAGUAGGAGAGCUUAGAGCUACGACCAAGGCGUUAAGGGCAGAUCAGGUCCUGAAGAAUCUGGUGGUGUACGUGGACCCAGCUAUCCUGGAAGAUGCAGGCUCCGAUAUCCUGAUGGAGGCUCUGGGCACGCUAGGCUGUGAAUGCCGAAUCGAGCCGCAGCACCAGGCCCGCAGCCUACAGUGGAGCGUUGUGAGGCCCGACCCAACCCCCAGCAAUGUGCCGCAGGAGGCGAGGGUUGAAAAUGAGCAGGAGCAGUUGCUGCUGCUGGAACCCCAGGAGUUUCUUCAAGGUGCUGUGCAGCUGACCCAGGCCACAGACUCACCUUGCUCCAUGCCCUGGCUUUCUCCUCAGAGUCCCAGCCGCCUGUCCCAUCUGGCUGUCAUUGGACUGGAUGCAUACCUGUGGUCUCACCAGCCCAGUUCUCAGAAGACAUGGCAGCUGAAGAAGUCAAAGGAAGCACAUGCCAAGGUGGCCAUCAGAUGGCCUGAGGUGGAGGAGGCCCUGGUGCUGCUUCAGCUUCACGCAAACCUGGAUGUGCUGCUGGUGGCCUCAUGGCAGGAGCUGAGUCAGUACGUGUGUGCCUUCACCAAGGCCCUCUCCCAGCGCCCCUCUAAGCAGUACCGGGAUUCCCAAGCCUUUUCCUUCUGCACAGCAGGGCACUGGGCCUCUGGCCAGCAAGUGACCAGAGAUGGCUCUGGGCUCCGAGGAGUAUGGUGGCGGCAGAUCAGACAGUUCAACCGGGUCAGCCCAGCUGUGGCUGAUGCUGUUGUCACCGCCUUCCCCUCCCCCCGCCUUCUGCAACAGGCUCUAAUGGACUGCAGCACGGAGCAGGAGCGCCUGAACCUCCUAGCUGACCUCCCUGUGAAGGCCCACAGGGGCAGGCAGCCUCGCAGAGUGGGACCUGACCUCUCACGCCGAAUCUGUAUCUUCCUGACCACCACUAACCCUGACUUGCUGCUGGACCUGAGCUCUUGACCACACCUGUGACAUCCUUAGGUUGCCUCCGGCCCAUCAGUAGAGCGGGAUAGGCCUGCCCAAGAGACUGACUAGUUACCAAGGGGCAGGCAAGGAGAUUUGGGUCCAGCCACCACACUUUUUCCAGCCUGGGGUAGACUAUGGCCAAAUGGAAGGAUAGUGGGGAAAGGGGGUGGGGGGCAGUGUUGCUGAAGUGAACAGACGAAUCUAUAGGGUAGCAGACAGAAAGGGCCCCAGAGUAAUUGGGGCCUCGACUUACUUACCCUUGGCCUGAACUCUUGUUGCAGGAAGCAUAGUGGCAGGGUUGAGUGCCCAGCUGAGCAGUUCCUAGCCUCACUGAUACCUAGCUUAGGGUACACCCUCAGGUAGAAGUAGUAAGAGACCCUAAGGAAAAGAGAUCCAAGCCAGGCAGCUCCAGCCUUUGUGAGGACUUUUUUAAUGUUAUAGCCUGUGGGAACGUGACAUAAACCCUUCACAGGGCACCCACUGACAUAACAGGAGCAGGAGCUGACAACAUACAAUGCGGGUCAGGAAAGCCCCUCUCCUUUUCCCUGGGCUGUGAGUACACCGCCCUGAGUCAGCUAGCCUCCCAGGCUUGUAAUCUAGGUCCAGAGGUGUCUGGGCUGCUCUUCCCAAGACACAUGGCAACUCAGAGGGCAAACAGGAGUGCUGCUUCCCCACCAGCACAGGCCAACAGAGAAGGCUGUCCCGGCCUCAGGAAGAUGCGACAAGCCUAGACAGGUCUCAGUUCUUCCCUCGCCUGCUGGCCUGGAGGACAGAAAGGUAGUUGCAUUCCCAGUAGAAAAGUCAGCUUCUUCGGCAGCGCUUCCUCUGACAGGGCCUGGUCUCGGGACUCUCUACACCAGGCAUAGCUGUGCCAGGAGAGGGCACAGGGGACUUCCAGUGGUUGCAGUUCAUGCUCAGGACCCAGCCCAGCUUGUUAUGCAGCACUUGCUUGAGGCCAGGUGGCAAGGGCAGGCCCUCAAGGGUAUCCCCUGAGUUUGGCCGGAGCUGGCGCAGGCGGUAGCAGCACAGGUAUUGCAGGGAGGUGGAGCUGGCACAGGAGCGGAUGACUUUCAUGCUACUCUUGGCAGCUGUGGAGCAGACCAUUGGAUAGAACCUUCUGUUUUGCAGCCGGGUGGCGGCCACUCCUGGAAGAAAGAGUCAGCCUGAGUGCCAUGUAGGUCAGGAGGCAGGAAGUUACUCCCAUAAUGUGCCAAGGUGAGCAGCUCAUAUGGCUCUGAACACAGAAGACAGACUCAGCUUUGGUCUGGUAACCCCAGCUUGGCUUCAGCCCCAGCUACCCUCAGGAACCUCACCUAGACUGCCCGGCCCCACCCCUACUCCCAUCUCUGCUGUCCAGGGUCAGACUGAGGGAAGGCACCUCACCUAUGCACUUCCUGUUCUUGAAGAAGGUCAGUGUCCCAUGCCAGGUGUCCAAGUGUACGCCAAUAAUAGAGCCCUGGCCAAAGCGUGAAGAGAA